GCAUUUAGGACUACAGCUGCUAAUGGGACGGACAUAUAGGAGCCUGUGUCAUUAUCACCAUCUCAUUAUCGUGUAUUUGAACAAGGAGGAAAUGAGGCGUAGCGUUCCGCUUUAAGGGUGCAAGGGAGAGGUAAGAAACCCCGGAUUCAAACAGGUGUCCGGUCGACUCAUAUCAGGAGGAAGAGAAAGAAAGGUGACAAAAGGCGCCGGAGGGAUAUUGGGAUUAAUUGUCUAGAAAAUAGUGCUGUUAAUAGGCAAAUCAAUCCGCUAAUUUGAGGACGUGUAAUUUUUUUUUUUUAAACCGUGCGCUUUGGUCCAACGGUGAUGGAGACCCAACAUGGAACCCAGACGAAACCUAGAUUUUAAUGUCGGAAUUAUCUUGGUAAAAUAAAAAGAUAGCUAAACGUGCAUCUGUGUUGCUCUCAAGAGGAGGAAGAGGAGGUGGUUGAAGAGGGGAGGCGGUGACUGACGUCCCCCACGGGACAGGCCGAGCGACCCACGCUUCUAACAGGUGUGUCUGAAGAGGGCUCCACUCUGCACCGCCCGUCCUGCCGCUCCGUGCCCCCUCCCUGCCUGCCUCCCGGUCCCUUCUCGUGUCACAUUGUUCCUGCAGAAAUUGCAUCCGAACAGGGGCCGGGUUUGGACUUUAAUUCGGCCGUUUUUGGCAUCCCCAGUGAGCGCUUAUUCUUUUUCUUGUUUCCGUCUCUUCGCAGCUAUCCGUUGGUGCGUAUAACAGCUGAGCAGGAUAUCCAAACGGCUAAUUUUGAGACGUUAAUUUAUAAAAAAAACCGGAUGGGACUUUGCAGCGUGUUCGUAUUUUUUUUGAGGAAAAGAGACAAUUUAAAGGGUUUAACUAGUCGAGCUAAAGGGAAGAUUUGAAGAUUUUGUUGAAUUUUUUUCACCAUAAUUGGAAGGUUUGGACUGAUUUUGCCCCCUGGUGAAAAGGCAUCGUUGGUACUGUGGUUUCGGCGACGUUCGCUAGCCAAACCGAAUCCUGAGAUAUUUUUUACCGGAAGAACAAAGUGGGCCUUUUAACGGACUAUCUUGUUAAAACAAAGUGCACCUCUUUUUAUCAUGACAACGAGGAAAGCCAACAGUGUGGCGGACACGGUGACUACCUCCACCAGCAGCAGCACCACCACCACCACCAACCACCAGAACCAGCCGAGGAGCCGGAGUCCCAGCAGCGGGGUUCCCGGUGCCGAGGCUGCGGGCGGAGGGGCGGAGAUGUUCGGUGCAUUUCAGGACUGGUGCCUGCGGACGUACGGGGACACCGGCAAGACCAAGACCGUGACCCGGCGUAAAUACAACAAAAUCCUCCAGACUCUGGUCCAGGGGGACGAGGAGAACAGCAAUGGGGUGUUCCUGCACGAGAAAAGCAACAACCACAUCAACGCCAAAUUUAAAUUCUGGGUCAAGUCCAAGGGCUUCCAGGUUGGGACGCUGCGGGACGAGAAGAACGGGUCAUUGGACAGACCGGUGCUGUACGUGCCCAUCAAGGCGACGUGUGUGGACGGAGUGUCCGGGGUGGACUCGUCCCUGAAGCGUGUGGCGGUGGUGGAAGAUUUCUUCGACAUCAUCUAUGCCAUGCACGUGGAGAUGAGCACGGACCCCGGAAAAGCCCCGAAACAUGCCGGCCAGAAGAAGACCUACAAAGCUUUUCACACCUCUAUCUCCUCUGUCUCACGGCAUCCUCUCCCCUGCUGA